UAUGCAAGAAAGAUCAGAAUAUAAUCUAUUUUGUUUUACGAAAGAGGGUGGUAUACCGCUAUUUUCUCGUCUUGCAGAUCAAUCUAUGCAGGCGGAAUUAUCAUAUUUUGGAGUAUUAAAUGGUAUUCAAAUAUUUAAUGAAAACCACGACGUUGAAACAAUUGCCUGCGAGAAAGGUAACUACCGCAUAAGAUGGAAGAGUUACCUAAAUAGAAUAACCAUGAUAUUAUGUGCAAAGAGUAAUAUAAAAAGUAUAAAUCUGAUACAAUAUGAGGAAAGGCUGUUGGAUUUGUGCUUUAAUUCAUUAAUCCUGCUGUUCGGACAAGGUGAAAUAGAAGGUUUAAAAUCUGGUGCUAAUAUAGAAGUAUUCAAGAAAGAUGUUAAGCUUGCCUUUAAUCUCUUUGAUAUUUUGCUUGGGAGAGGUUCUUAUCACUUAUUAUCUAGUGUUUGUAAUGCUGUAGAUGUUGGAUAUUGUGAUUCUUCAAUUUUACAAGAUCAUUUGAAUGCCUGGGCAGAAGGAGCAAAGAGUCCCUACGGAUCGAUAAUAUUAAAAGGUUGCACGAUUGUUACAACUGAUAAAUGGUGGAAAUUAUCUACCCUUGAGCUAACCUUAAUAAAUCAUUUCUUACUCUCAUCACCUGCCUCCCACUGCCGAGAUUUCCCAAUCUUCUUACCUCACAGCAGUCCUACAGUUCCCCACCGUCUAGUGACAUUUGAAUUAUUAAAGGACAUUGAAGUAUGUUUGAUCUGUGGUCCUUCCCCUAGCCUACUAGAAUUACAGAGUAUGGUUGAAAGAUUCUGGAGAGCUGUAUAUAAGCCAUUGAGAAGCUGUUGUUUAAAAGAAUUUAUACCCAUAACUGAAAAAUGCGCAUCUGAAAGAAAUAUAAUGGGGUAUCUAUUUUAA